GAUCCUUCAUUGCCAGCCGACGCUCCUGAGGCAGAGGGAUGCGUAAUCUGGGAUGUCUCCGUAUUUGGCAGGAUUGGCUCCAUCGUGUUCGCCGAUAAAGUCCAUGCUCUCGCGUACCAGCCGGAUGGUAGCCGCCUGGCCGUGGCCGGAGACGGCAAGCUUAUCUCCGUCUUCGAAAUGGAGAACUUCGAUCAUGCUUUCGACCUGCCCUGCGCCAGCUCGGUGAAGGCCAUGGCCUGGAGCCCGAGCCUGCGGUGCUUGGCAUCGGGUGGCGACGAUGGAACGAUCCGG